AUGCCAAAGGACAAGGCAGCUGAUAAGAAGGUGGAUAUUAUGGCGAGGGCACAUAGUGCCAUUCUAUUGAGCUUAACAGAUGAAAAGCAAUGGUUGUGCACUCUCAGAAUGUCUGAAAGUACCCAAGUGAAAGGUCAUCUGGAUAACUUCAAUCGUAUCAUCUUGGAUCUACAAGGUGUUGAUGUGAAUAUUGAAUAUGAAGAUCAGGAAAUUUUUGAUGAAGGGGACGAUGGUGAUGUACUGACUGUGUGUACAUCAAGUUCUGCUGAUGCUUGGGUCUUGGAUUCUGGAGCAUCCUAUCACAUGACAUAUAAUUGUGACUGGGUCGACUCAUUCAAAGAAUGGGAUGGCACAGUCAAGAUGGGCGAUUAUUGGGUGAGCAGUAUCAAAGGUAGUGCCACGGUGCAGAUCAAGAUGCAUGAUGGCAUGGUCAGGAAGUUAGAUUUCUGGUACGUUCCAGAACUUUGGAAGAAUCUAGUUUCUCUUAGCACAUUGGCUAAGAAUAGGAUAAGGUACGUUGGUGAAGGUGACUAG